AUGCCACUCCCGGUCUCCGGAGAUGCGAGCUACCAUGAACUUCAAGAUGCCUUCUUCGGCAUCACUCAGCCCUACCUCCGCUACGUGCUUCCUCGUCCAAUCGGUCAAUGGCUUAGAUUAGAUCAUUCCCUUUUCAACCCUAACGUCACCGAUUUUCAAAACUUGGGGUACACCGUACACCGAGCCGACGUCGGAGCUGGGGUAGAAAAAAACACAAACAGAAUGCUGGGUGGUGGUGGGAGCCAAGUCGGUCACAUCUGCGGCGAUAUCCCGGUGGAGGGGAGAGAAAUGCGCACCAAUGGAAUAGCCGAAUUAGUCAUUGAGCUAGUUGCGAUUUGCAACCUGACCGGCCUCACAGAGAAAGACAGAAAUCUUCAGGCCAGAUCCCCCAUCCAUCUCGUCUGGUGGUGGAUGCCGACGUGGACGGUAGCCGUGCAAGCGGAAGGGCGAGACUGCGAGAAAGAGCCAGACACAGCCUCGGGUCAUUUCGUUUGCAACGACGGGAAGUCACCGAGCCCCAUGAUGGCUUUUUUGCGCCAGCAUCCAGCAUCGGCUAUAGCAGGCCUUCGUGAUCCAUGGUGGGCGGGCCGGAUCCCAGGCUAUGGAGCGGCGCAUCCCCCCCCGUCGUCGCCUUUGUCUGGUCUGCACAAUGGGGGUGUCUCGAAUGUUUAUGUAGGCAGUGGUGGUGUUGAUGGAAGGCCGGCGAGCGGCGAGCCGCGCGUAUGGGCGUUCGUCCAAGUCGCCAGACGAGGGAACCAUGGCUCAGGGACCCAGCAGCUGUCAACCGGGACGGCCACAACAUGGCUGACGGCGACACGGCGUCGGCGACGACGGAGACUGCACCCCGCACUCGCCCACCGAGCUGGGGGCUCGGACCUGUGGCUCGGAGCUCGAGCUGUGAAGCUGGAGAUUGGCGCUGCUCAGUCGCCGGCGGGAAUUGGUCGCCCGGGCCUGGGACCACGGCUGACCCUGCCGCCGUGGGCCUGGGGCGUCGCUGGUGAUCCAAGCAAGGACCAUGGCCCAUUCCCGAGAUACUGCAAGAUGCGCGCGUCGGCUGCUGAGGCUCUGUGUGUGGGAGAGCUGCGGGACAGGGAUCUAGGGACGAGCGAGUCUCCAAGGGUCCAGCACAGUACUUGGUCCAAGUUUACGUGGUACAUCCUCGGCAUUGAGGAAUGGCCAAGGCGACGCAAACGUGGAUCCGUGACUGGCCUUCCCUUUGUCCAUGGCAUGGGCAUGGCAAGCCAGGGCGAAACCACAGGCUAUGGCCGCAACGCCGGCGUCAGGCGUGUGGGACGUACAACCUCUAGAGGUAAAGCGUGGCGCGGUAGGGUGAUGUUGGCCUACGUGGACGAAAAUACGAACCAAGGAUUGUUGAGGAGCAAGAUUUUUUCUCAGGUCAUCUGGGCUCCGGGCACACCAUCCAUCGAUGCGCCAUGUCAAUGGUCGGUCAGUGUUCGGUGUUCGGUGACGGCGUCGCUUGAGACGAGACUCAACGAGACAUGGGGCAAUAGUGCAGUAGAGUCAGGUGAAGAGGGUUGUCGAGGUUGA